AUGAACGGCACGGCUAAGCCCCUCCCAUAUGCUGUCAAUACCCUUCCUUUUUUGGGGAGGGUCAUCGCUGUUACUGGGGCAAGCCGUGGACUGGGUCUGGCUGUUAGCAAGUACUUGCUGAUAAGAGGUGCCACUGUAUCUAUGUGUGCAACGUCGGUUGACAAUCUGUCGAAAGCCACCAAAGAGAUUGACGCUGAGCUUCCAGACGCCAAGGACCGGUACUGGACGUGCGUCGUAGAUAUCGCCAACUUAGACAGCGUUCGGUCUUGGAUCGAGGAGACUGUAGCUAAAUUCGGAAAGCUUGAUGGAGCCGCAAACGUCGCUGGUGAGCUCAAUCAGCCUUCUGGAUACUCGGUGGAGCAACGCGAGAUCUUCCCUAUAACCGACCUCGACCCAGAAUACUUCGCUAGGCUGCUCAACGUAAACGUUGUUGGUACUUUCCAUUGCUUGAAAGAAGAAAUGAAGGUCAUCAAGGACGGUGGCUCAAUCGUCAAUGUUGGAAGCAUUGCGAGCCACUACGGAACGCCUGGCACGUCAG